ACGAAAGUGGAAAUAAUAUUUCUCAAGUUUAUAUAUCAUAUAAUAUAUGGGGUUUUUUAAUAUAAUACACUAUAUAAUAGUUGCAUAAUAUCCAUACUACUGUACACUUGACCGUAACAGGCAUGUCGGAGGAAGUUCCAGAGCGAAACACGAAGGACUUCAAGUUCCAGCAACUGGUGAAGGUCCGUGUUUCGGACAGUCCCUCAUCUCUUCCAGCUAACCGCAGCUCACUUGUGGCCUCAGCAUCCAAAUAUGGCCGCACAUUCAUUGGAGUUAACAAUGGUUUCAAAGUGUUUAAGACACAGGAGUUUCUGCAGCAAGACAAGGUUCACGCUACAGACAGACUGACCCAUGUGGUCACUGACAUGCCAACCUUAGCUACAGUGGACAGCGGUCAGUUGAUCACUCACUUGGACUUGGCUUGUGAUGACCUCACACUUGCUGCUGCUACAGCUGAUGGCAUGGUUCACCUGUAUGAUGUGCGCAAUUUUGCAUCACAGGUAUCUGGCAAUGUUCAGCCAUUUCACAGUUUUCAAGGCUCGCCGUUUGUGUUGGACAUGGCCUGGAAUCCCGGGGAACCAGGCACGCUGGCAGUAGUGUUCUCAAGUGGUCAGAUUGAUGUGUAUAGCGGGAAUAAGAGAAGGGCCUCUCUCGCAUCAGCAAAGGCUACAUGUGUAUGCUGGAGCCCAAAGGGGAAGCAGCUUGUGGUUGGCUGUAUUGACGGGACCCUAGCACAGUAUGACCCAGACCUCAAUCAAAAACGGGUGUGGGACUGCCCAGCCAUCCUUGGGGGAGCUGCUCAAGCCCUUGACUUGGUAUGGCUGUCUACAUACAGUUUCCUCGUGGCGUAUGUGGUUCAGGACUGUGAACAACCUGUGGUCGUCCACAUCAACGGAUCAAGAGAUGGCUCGUUAUCCCAUUCCAUGUUUGAAGACAUGUGUUUUGGUACGGGGGAGGACAGACAGCACAAGUAUCACUUCAGCUAUGUACAACAGUGGGAGAUGGUACUGGCAGCGUCCAACAAUGCUUCUGAGGUGGGUGUGGUGGGGCGCCACCUGGAUGGCACGUCUUUGGAACGAUGGUGCCUGGAGGACUCUGCCCGGGCGGAGUGCCCCCUCACAGACAACUAUGGGGAUACCUAUCCUAUGGGCAUCACUGUGGACUUUUCUUUGCAAGAGAGAAUAGCUAUGGGUGAUGAGAAGUUUCAUCCGGCAUCUCCAAUAGUGCUAGUGUUAUCCACUGAAGGCCUUGUGAUCCCCUAUUACAUGAUGUACAUGCACCAGUCUACUCCUGAAAUAACUGUUUCCCCUCAGGCUCUACCCUUGGAGGGGCUUCGAAAACCUGGUACCACAGUACAGCCCACUUCAAAGCCAGCAGCAGAUGGUACAGGCCUGUUUGGGGGCCAGACUACAGCCUCCCCUGCAGCUCAAAGCAUAGGGAAUCAGGGAAGUUUAUUUGGUACCCAGUCUACAUUUGGCUCCAAAUCAAGUUUUGGAGCUGGGCUCCAGUCAUCUGGGACUGGUACCCUGCCUUCUUUUGGAACUGGUACCCAGUCACCGUUUGGAACUGGGACACAGUCACCAUUUGGAAUUGGUGCCCAGUCUACAACUGGAUCCAGUACCAAACCAGCAUUUGGGGCUGGGGGGCAGUCACCAUUUAGUUUUGGAGGCAGUACACAAUCCAGUUUUGGUGUUAAUAGCACAAGUAGCAGUGGACAAAGUAGUCUAUCUAGUCUGCUGACCGCAGGUAGCAACACUACCAAUAAAUCAGGAGCAAAUACUGCAUUCUCUGUCACCCCUAGCAACGUGAGGGCACCUGCAACUACAGCCAGCCAGACAACUUUUGGUGCUGGACUUGGCUUUGCUGAUUCACUUGGAGCACCAAAUAGUGGAUUCUCUUUUACCCAAAGCACAGGGGCACCAGCAACUAAAACUGACCAAUCAGAAAGCAAGCCAGAAUUCGGAGUUGGGGCAGGAGCAUUUGCACAGAGAAAUUAUGACAGACCAGGAGCUUCAUUUACCCUAAAGACAGGGACUGCUGCUACAGGACAAUCAAGCUUUGGCAAUGGGGAAGGAAAUGUCUCAGCACUUGGGGUGAAAACUACAUCUGCAGAUGCCAAGAACAGCACACCAGCAUUGGCCACAGGUCAGGCAGCCAGCUCAGUGUUCGCCUUCAAGCCUCCAGUACCAGCUCAAGUAACAGGUACAAGUGCCCCAGGGUUUGGCAUACUAGGGCAGAGCUCAACUGGUGUGGGUAAAACCAGUUCCAUACCAGCAGCUGCCCCAUUGUCAGCAACAUUGCCCAAAACAGGCAGCCAAAGUGAGGGCUUAAGUGGCCUGCCUCAGCAGACAGCUCCUGCAGGUGUGCCCCAAUCCCCAAGACAACCCCCACCCCCUGCCUACCCAGUAGCCCGCCCAGCCUCGCCCGAGUAUGCCCCACCCCCACCUAGCUACCCAAGGAUAGGGGCAGCACAAGGACUAGGGGUGGUGGCAGUUGAUGACUCUACUGGAGAGAGCUCAACGGGCCUUGGGCGGCAGACAACAGAUACAGUGGAUCAACAGUUUUCAACUAGCAUUCUGGAUGAGAUUCAGCACUUUGAGCAAGAGCUGUCAGAAUUGAGAUCCAGAGCGCGGUCAGUGGACUUUUGCAUAGGCAGUCGGGAAGAAAUGGCACUUAUACGCCAGGGAACACUCGAGAUGGAGACUUACUCACACGAAAUUAAGACCAUUGUACAGGAUCAGAGUAAAGAAGUCCAAGAGCAGCGCGCUCUGUGUCUAGACCUGUUCUCCCAGACAGAGGAUUGUCGCCGUCGACAACAGCUCAACUCUGACCCCAAGUACCUUCACCUUCUGAAGACUUGUGCUCUCGACCCGGGCAGUGCAGAGAAACUCAAACAUCUGCAACUUCAGUAUCAGCUGCUGGACCAAGGAGUGCAGGAUGUUGACCUGAUACUGGACACACAGUGGGAAGAAUACCAAAACAGCAAAAAGAACAGGCGUGGGGCACCCGCCAGUGACAUGCUGUAUCGUGUGGUGAAGAGCAACAGUAACCUGAUAAACGUCCAGCGUACAAGACUGGGCGAGGUAGAGAAGAGACUUAAACAGCUCAAACUGUACAACCAGACAGCAUUGUGGAGUAACGCGGCCAAUACCACCAAUCAAGAUACAAGUGAGCUCUCUAGCCUGGCUGACUCUCUGCUAACUGGAAGCCCUGUGAAGAGUACUUCAAGUAACACUUCAGUGCUGGAACAGACAAAAGCAUCGAGUUCUAUAGGAUUGGAUGGGAGGAAGGUGCUUGCUGGGAGAGUUGAAAGGCUUCGGGAACAUUUGAUGGCUCGUAGUCAUGUACCCACUGUACACUCAACCAGACCUGGGAACCUAUCAGUACUAACCAUCUCCGACUCCCAGAUUGCCUGUACAGACAGCAUGUCUCGAGGUGGGGCAAGCAGACCUCGGGGCGAGGCUGGGGCUCCGGCCAUGACUGCCCGCCUGAGGGGGGGUCAGGCAUUCACUGGGAUGUCACAAACUGAUAAAGCAGGAAAUUUUGCAAAGAUUGGAGAAAGGAAUCCUGGAGUUAUGGCAGAGAAAAAGCCACCAAAGGACCCUAAGCCAGUAAGAAGCAGGCUACAGCAAGAGCAGCAGUUCCAGCAGCAGCAGCAACAACAACAACAGAUAGCACGGCCUAAGGAUGAAAGAGAUGGAGUUGUAAAGGGUUUCCUGCAGAACAUCGUGGACAAGGGGAAGGACAAGGGGAAAAAACCAGCAGAGAAAUUGAAAGAGAUUUUCAUCAAACCUAAACGUACUCAACAGCAGUCAGUUCAAUCUGGUGGAAUCACCCUCAACCCUGUGUUGACAGCCCCACCCCCAGAUAGCAAGCCUGUUCCACCUCCUGUCAAGUCUACCUCAGGUCUCCCCAUGCCUGGAUUCACGGGGAAGCCCAUUGAGAGGUCUGGGCUCCCUAAGACCCUGUUGCAGGGGACUGGAGAUGUGCCUGCCUUACAUCAAGUGAUAAAGUUGAAGGAAGCAAAUGGUGUACAGUUUGAGGACAUUACACCCAGCGGCUCCGAGAACGAUGUAGGGAACAUCUCAGAGAGUGAGGAGUAUGAUGAAGACUCCAGUGAAAGUAACGGGACCAACCAGGGUUUUGGAGCCCAGUAUAGCAUACCCUCAGAGGUGUCGACCUCAACGCCCAAGCCAGCUCUGUCAGGAGCCCCGGGUUAUGUGGGAGAGAGCCCAAAACUUCCGCCCUCCAGCACGCCCAUCAACAGAAAACUGUUUGAAACAGAAGCUUCAACACCAGCCCAGUCGUUAACAUUUGGCAGACAGCCAGCCAUCUCUGACACGACCAAGCCAUUCACCUUCACCCCUACUGUUACAACAGCAAAUGAGAAGCCCUUAGCCCCAGGCUCCAUCACUGGACUGUUUGGAAAGCGAACUUCUGUGGCUGCUGGUGACAGCCAGAUCAAAACAGGUGGAACUACAGGUCAACCAACUGCUUUGCCAGCAUUUACGUUUGGGCAGCAAACAUCUGCAGGGGCACCAUUGUUUGGUCAAUCCACCAAAACCUCCACCACUUCAACAGCAACAGUGUUUGGUCAGCCCAUACCUUCCUCCACUCCUGUACCAACAAUCCUAGGCCAGCCGGUACCUUCCUCUACUCCUGUACCAACAAUCCUAGGCCAGCCGGUACCUUCCUCUACUCCUGUAUCAACAAUCCUAGGCCAGCCGGUACCUUCCUCUACUCCUGUACCAACAAUCCUAGGCCAGCCGGUACCUUCCUCUACUCCUGUACCAACAAUCCUAGGCCAGCCGGUACCUUCCUCUACUCCUGUACCAACAAUCUUAGGCCAGCCCAAACCAAAUAAGGUCAUGUCAGCCUUACUUCAAGCUGAUGAUUCUGAAACUGAAUACAACCAGUUCACACAGCCACCUGCACAACCCUCCUCCCCUAUUACUCAGCCGACAGAUUCAGAUGCAGGUCAGGAAACAAGAAAUGAAGCUAAAUCAGAGAAAGGAGCAUUAAAAUCAUCAGGCUCAGCUGGAAGCUUUGUAUUUUCUGCCAACUCUGAUGCAGCAACAAGCCAAUCUUCAACAGCAUCAUCUACUCCGGCUACCAGUCUAUUUGGUAAAUCAACCACUGGGCCCACUGCAGUAGUUUUUGGACAGUCCUCAGCUACUUCUUUAUCUGGUACCCAGCCCUCAACUACAGCUGGUUCCACUCCUCAGUCUGAACAGACAACAACGCCAUCUUCAGGUGUGUCCAGCUCUUCAACUACUGCCAACACAACACCCAGUGGUUCCUUGUUUGGAUCAACUUCAACUAGCUCAUCAGCAAAUGGAUUUACUUGUUUCUUUGGUCAAUCCAAGGAUACUACAAGUGCUUCAUCUACAACUGGAGGACCUUUUGGUCAGCCCCCAUCUGCUUCAUCAGAAGGGUUUGGUCUCUCCUCUACAUCCACUACAUCAUCAUCAGGAGGGCUUUUUGGAAAGCCUGCAUCUGCAAGUCAAGGACUAUUUGGAAAAGCCUCCACUGCUAACGCAGGACUUUUUGGUCAGUCAUCAACAACAGAUACUACAUCAAGCUCAGGAAUAUUUGGACAAACUACGACCAGUUCUUCAGGUGUGUUUGGUCAGUCCAGUGGGGGAAGCCUGUUUGGGACAACCACCACUGCUGGUUCAGGAGGUUUGUUUGGCCAGCCAGCAAAAUCUGACGCUGAUGGCGGUUUAUUUGGCCAGCCGGAUAAAUCUUGUACUGAAGGUAGUUUAUUUGGCCAGCCGGCUAAAUCUGGUGCUGAUGGUGGUUUAUUUGGCCAGCCAGCCAAAUCUGGUGCUGAAGGUGGCUUAUUCGGCCAGCCAGCCAAAUCUGGGGCUGAAGGUGGCUUAUUUGGCCAGCCAGCCAAAUCUGGAGCUGGUGCUGGUUUAUUUGGUCAACCAGCCAGUAGUACUACUAUGGGUGGAUUAUUUGGGAGCUCUUCAACAUCUUCCACUGGAGGUGUGUUUGGUGCUACAACCACUACGAGUGCGGGUCAAGGUGGGCUGUUUGGGAGUUCCCCUGCAUCCAGUGGUGGCGGGGGAUUCGGAUCCACGUCAGGGUUUGGAUUUGGUCAGACUACUGCCCCAGCAUUUGGACAGGCUUCAGCCUUUGGUCAAACUGCCAGCAGUGGAAGUGGAGCAUUUGGCCAGGCGGGAGACAGCAGUUCAGGGGGAGGGGGUAUGUUCAGUGGCCUAGGUGGGAAACCUAGCGCAGAGAAGGCCAGCUCCAAUGUGUUUGGAUCCACAGCCUUUGGAACAUCGGGGACAUCUACUGGAGGACUGUUCGGCAGUGGCGGAAGCUCAGCCUUUGGUAGCUCAAGCACAAGUGGGGCGGGCAGCACUGGCAGUAGUGGGGGCGGACCUUUCUCAACUGGGGGUGGGAGCUUCGGGGCUGGUGGGACGGGUGUCGGGUCCACUGGGUUUGGAUCUGCUGUCAACCAGCCCACUACAGGAGGUUUUGGGAGCCCCCCUGCAUUUGGAGGAAGUCCUGGUUUUGGAGCAGCCCCAGCAUUUGGUAGUGCUCCAGCGUUUGGCAGCCCGCCAGCCUUUGGUUCCGGAGGUGGGGGAGGGUUUGGCUCAGCGCCAGUGUUUGGAAAUAGUCCUGUGUCAGGAGGUGGGGGGAUGUUUGGAUCGACUCAAACUUCAGGGGCGGGCGGAGCUGGUGCCAGUGCUGGUGGUUUUGCAGGGUUUGCGAGCGCAGGCAGUGCAACAUUUGGAGCCCUUGCCCAGUCAGAUGACGUCCCGGGCUUCGGAAAUCUCAACCAGGCACCCACCACAGGCACAGGAUUUGGUGGAAACACAGGCAACACUUUUGGAUCCAGCCCCUCUUUCAGUGGUUAUAGGGGCUAGAGCAGCAACAGUUACCAUGGUUACCUUUGAAACAGUGCUGGUGGGGGACUAGAGUCUGAACUUCUACACCAUAGGGAUACAUGUUGCCAUGUUUUUUUGUACAACUAUGUGACUUGAAAGAUGAAUUAUAGGAUAAAAUAACUUUCUCUGUGUGUAAACUAGACUGAAAGGCUAGCUUUUUUCAUGAAAUUCAUUGACCUGUUCAAACAAAUAUUGUAUGUUGAAUACAUUAAAUCAUGUGUAAUAUCAAGUCGAAUUUCUUGGUUAAUACAAACCAUUCAAACUGUUGGCUGGCUUUAUUUGAAGUGUGUUAAAAUCAUGUUGAAAGUGUAACAGUGUUUAAAUCAACGUAGUCACAUGUUCUUAAGCUAUUCAUUCUUUGUUCUUGCUUUGUUGUGAUUUUUGUAAUACAAACUUUCAUCGUGCA